AUGGAGAAAGAGAAAGGGAAUAACUGCACAUCAUCAAGUGAGUUCCUCCUGCUGGGAAUGGGGAACAUCCCCCUCACUCCAGAUAUCACCCUUCUGCUCUUGCUAACUAUCUGCUUGGUGACCGUGGUUGGGAACAGCCUCGUUGUUGUGCUGGUGGUGGCAGACCAGCAUCUGCAUGUAAUGGACCAGCAUCCAUCUAGUGAGUGUUUCCUGCUGGAAUCCAUGUCCUGUGAUCGGUUAAAGUUCUGUGGCCCUGCUGCAACUGACAACUUCUCUGGUUUUACUCCUUUCCUGGAGCUCGCCUGCAGUGACACCAGUGUAGUUAAAAUAGUAAGUUUCAUCCUGACUCUCCUGGAUUCAGUCUUCCCCUUCCUGAUCACGCUGGCCUCCUACGUGUCCAUCAUAAUUGCCAUCCUGAGGAUCUCCUCCAGCAUGGGCACGCAGAAGGCCUUCUCCACCUGCUCCUCGAACCUCACUGUCGUCACUGUUUUCUAUGGCUCCCUCAUCAUUGUCCACAUGCUGCCCAGAACCCCCAGACUCAGACAGCUCAACAAGGUGUUCUCCUUCUUCUACAUCAUCCUCACCACCCUGGUCAAUCUCCUCACCUACAGUCUGCAGAGCAAGGAGCUCAGGAAGGCCCUGAGGAAAGCACUCAGGAAAGAUUUGGGUGGUACCCAGGGCUCAUGCCAGUUGACAUGGGCACAAACAACUUCUAACUUCUACAAAGCCAAGUACUGUGUACUGCAAGAUCUCUUUAGAAGUGUGCGGCCUUGA